GUAAUAGUCUCCUUGGGGGCAGGGUUAUUGAACUAGAAGAUCCCCGAACAAGAUCUGACAUGUUUUUGAUUCGGUCUUCAAUGUUAAAUGAGAACAUCAUAUCCCACAGAGAACUGCAUUUACAAAUCCUUUAAUAUAAUCUCAUCAGCCGGACACCUGCACAGAUUAUCACCUUAUGGAUGUGACAUGAGGCUAGCUGAAGGAUGUCCAAAGAGAUUUCUCAGGAGGGGGAGCAGCCCCAGUCUGCUUCUAUGUCCCCGUCCCAGGCCCAGGCCACCCAGUCCACCCUGUCUCCAUCCCAAGCCCAGUCUAAAUCCCAGUCCCAGACCGGUUCCAGUUCCUCCAGUGGGCCUACCUCAGCAAGCCAGUCAUCCAGUGGCUCAGGGACGCUGAGCAGUGUGGACACCAUCCCUGUCACCCUGGCAUCUGUCCCGGAGGAGCCGGAAGUACAACCCUGGGGUCGUCUGCUGCCCAUGGCCCGAGGCUUCAGAAGCCAGGACUGUGUCGAGGAUCAGUACCUGUUUGGACGGGACUCUAAGUGUAACUAUGUUCUGGAUGAUCCGGAUGAAAGAGGAUCCAAAAAAUUCAGAAUCUACAGCAAAAAACACUUCAGGAUCUACAGAGAGGGCAGCGAGGUGUUUGUGGAAGAUUUCAGUAACAACGGGACAUUUAUUGACGGGAUCCUGAUCGGCAAAGACAAGAGGUUACCUCUUGUUAACAACGCAGUGCUCGCACUGUCUGAAAUACGCAACAAAGUCUUUGUCUACAUCGAUCUGAUGACGGAUGAUCAGUCCAGUUUACCCAAAGCGCUUCAGGAGAAAUAUGUGCUGACACGGCGGAUUGGCACAGGAGUGUGUGGCGAAGUCAAACUGGCCUUCGAGAGAUCCACCUGCAAAAAAUUUGCUGUCAAAAUAAUAAACAAGAAGAACUUUCAGUCUGAAGGGACCGCGAUAAGAAACGCACAAACAGAAAUCGAGAUUCUGCAGAGAAUCAACCAUCCUUGCCUCAUUAAGACGGAGGACUUUUAUCAGACAGAUGACUGCUACUACAUCGUGUUGGAGCUGAUGGAGGGUGGAGAGUUGUUCAAUAGAGUCAAGUCACAGCAGCAGCUUAAAGAGCAUGUCGCUAAACUUUACUUCUUCCAGAUGCUUAAAGCCGUUCAGUACCUCCACAGUAAGGGGAUCAUCCACCGAGACCUGAAACCAGAAAACAUCCUGCUGUCCUCACAGGACGACGUCUGUCUCAUCAAGGUGACAGACUUUAACCAAUCUAGGAUCUUGGAGGAGGCGAUGUUGAUGAGGACUCUAUGUGGAACUCCUAAUUACCUAGCUCCUGAAGUCUUCACUCACGCCUCAACCACAGGUUACAGCCUAGCUGUGGACGCGUGGAGCCUCGGAGUCCUGCUCUUUGUCUGUCUGGGGGGCUAUCCUCCAUUUCACGAGAGCUUCAGCAAAAAAACAAUUACGGAACAAAUAAUUGGAGGAGAAUUCACAAUGGUGCAGGCAAAGUGGAGAAGCAUAUCGGAUCAAGCGAAGGACGUAGUAAGGAAGCUUCUCGUGGUUGAUCCUUGUAAGAGGAUGACUAUUGAGGAGGCUCUGAAACACCCCUGGCUACAGGAUACCAAAAUGACUGAGUUGGCUUCCACACUCAUGUACCCCCCUGCUGCAGCUGCUGCAGCUGAUGACUUCAACGCAGAUGCUGCUGCAGGUGAUGCAGCUGUUGACUAUAAUGCUGAUGAUGCUACUGUUGCUGAGGUUGCUGCUGCAAUGAACCCCGAAUCAUCAAAGUCAGGACACUCGGGGAGAAAACGGGGAAGGGAUGAAGGAGAUGAUGAGGGUGAGGAACACCCAGCGAAAAGAUGCCAAGCCCCACCCCCUGCCCCGCUGUAAUGGACCAAUCAGAAUCAGUUCUGUUCUGAACCCAGUUUUGCUGCCAGCGGAGCAAGAAUAGUGCGGUCUCAGGUCGUUAAGUAAACAGUUUAUUGUUCUAUUGUUUUUCAUCUUAUUAUGAAACAAAACGUUUUAUUUUCUUGUAAUAAAAAUGUCUAUUAUAUCUUAUGUAAUUUCAAAUAUUUCAUGUAAAAAGGUUAUAACUGUUAGCAUUGUCACAUGAAAGUUUUCCAUUGUAACAGGAUUCAUUGGUGUCUCUUUCAUAUUUACAUCCAUAUCUAUGAUCCUGCUAAUCAGAGAUAAGGGGGAAGCAAGAUAUCUCACUCUAAGCUACUUUGAUAAUUAGUUUGAAUAUAUUCAUCAUAAUAUGAUGUACAUUAUAAUAAGAAAAAUACAUUGAUAAAUAUAUCACAAUUGAGAAAAGUACAAUUUAAUUUAAUUCAGUAUAUAUGCCAGAAGAUACAGGGAUAAUGUGCUGUUGAAUGAAAGCAGAGUAUUGUAAUAAUUGAAUUUGCAUAGAUCAGAUCAAUAACCCAAUUUAAAUCACAUAUGAUGUGGGCUAUCUGAACAGACCUCAUCCACAAGUGAUUGUUUUAAGUAUUAAAAAAAAACUUCAAUCUUUCUGUAGCUGACUUGAAGUAGUUGAGUGAGACGUGUUUCUGUCGCAACUCUGUUGUCGUACAGAUCAGGCAGCUGAUCAGUGAGUCACAGUAAAGACCAUGUGGUUUUUGUAUUUUUCA